AUUUGUCAGAAGAUUGGCUGGAAAGGCAAAGGUGGAAUGUUCGACAUUUUACCAUUGGUCUUACAAGCUGAUGGACAAGACCCAGAAUGGUAUGAUAUACCUCCGGAAUUGGUUCUGGAAAUAGCGAUAAAACACCCAACCUUUGAGUGGUUCGAAGAAUUAGGCUUGAAAUGGUUUGCUUUUCCCGGAGUUUCCAAUUUAUUGUUCGACUGCGGCGGCUUAGAAUUCACUGCAGCUCCCUUCAACGGUUGGUACAUGGGUACAGAAAUAGGUUCCAGAAACUUGUGUGAUGAAUCUCGAUAUAAUUUAGCAAAGGUGAUUGGAAAACGAAUGAAUCUGGACAUUAACCGUGAUUCUUCGCUUUGGAAAGAUCGUGUUUUGGUGGAAACGAAUUUGGCUAUACUCCAUAGCUUCCAGGUAAGAUGGAUUACAUUAUGAUUACCAUUUACGUUU